GCCGUAGCUGCCCCUUGCGGGCUCCCGGCAGCCAGGCAUCAGAGCCAUCGAGUAGCGCAGCAACGCGGCGCGAUCUGGCCCAGUCAUGGACCGGAAAGUGGCCCGAGAAUUUCGGCACAAGAGGACCAGCUUUUCAAAAGAAGGCUGCUCCAAGGACCUGAAUAGACAUUUUCCUGAAGAAGACAGAGGUGGCUAACAGACACACGAAAAGAUACUCAACAUCACUGAUCAUCAGGGACAUGCAAAUCAAAGCCACCAUGAGACGUCACCUCAUGCCUGCCAGGAUGGCUAAUAACAACAAGAUAAGAAAUAACAAGCUGUUGGUGGAUUUUUUGAUUGAAAAUGAUGCAGAGAAGGACUAUCUCUAUGACGUCCUGCGGAUGUACCAUCAGACCAUGGAUGUGGCCGUGCUUGUGGGAGACCUGAAGCUGGUGAUCAAUGAGCCCAGCCGUCUGCCACUGUUUGAUGCCAUCAGGCCCCUGAUCCCGCUGAAGCACCAGGUGGAGUACGACCAACUGACCCCCCGGCGCUCCAGGAAGCUAAAGGAGGUACGUCUGGACCGUAUGCACCCUGAGGGCCUCGGCCUCAGCGUACGUGGUGGCCUCGAGUUCGGCUGUGGGCUCUUCAUCUCCCACCUCAUCAAAGGUGGUCAAGCAGACAGUGUAGGGCUCCAGGUAGGGGAUGAGAUUGUCCGGAUCAAUGGAUAUUCUAUCUCCUCCUGCACCCAUGAAGAGGUCAUCAACCUCAUCCGCACCAAGAAGACUGUGUCCAUCAAAGUGAGACACAUUGGCCUGAUCCCGGUGAAGAGCUCUCCUGACGAGCCCCUCAAAUGGCAGUAUGUGGACCAAUUUGUGUCAGAAUCUGGGGGUGGGCGGAGCAGUCUGGGAUCCCCCGGAAGUCGGGAAAACAAGGAGAAGAAGGUUUUCAUCAGCCUGGUGGGCUCCCGGGGCCUUGGCUGCAGCAUCUCCAGUGGGCCCACCCAGAAACCUGGCAUCUUCGUCAGCCACGUGAAGCCUGGCUCCCUGUCUGCGGAGGUGGGGUUGGAGACUGGGGACCAGAUUGUUGAAGUCAAUGGCAUCGACUUUUCCAACCUGGACCAUAAGGAGGCUGUGAAUGUGCUGAGGAGUAGCCGCAGCCUGACCAUCUCCAUUGUAGCUGGAGCUGGCCGGGAGCUGUUCAUGACAGACCGGGAGCGGCUGGAGGAAAUGCGGCAGCGCGAGCUGCAGCGGCAGGAGCUUCUGAUGCAGAAGCAGCUGGCGAUGGAGUCCAACAAGAUCCUCCAGGAGCAGGAGGAGAUGGAGCGGCAAAGAAAAAAGGAAAUUGCCCAGAAGGCAGCAGAGGAAAAUGAAAGAUAUCGGAAGGAGAUGGAACAGAUUGUGGAGGAGGAAGAGAAGUUUAAGAGGCAGUGGGAGGAAGACUGGGGCUCAAAGGAACAGCUGCUGUCGCCUAAAACCAUUACCGCUGAGGUGCACCCAGUACCCCUUCACAAGCCAAAGGAUGAUCAGGGAGUGGAGCCUGAACUUGAGCUGGCAGACAACCCGGACGGAGGCACGAAGGAGCAGGGAGAGCAGGUGUCCGAGACAGAGCGGGAAGACCUCGAGGAGUCAGAAAAGAUUCAGUAUUGGGUGGAAAGGCUCUGUCAGACGCGCCUUGAGCAGAUUUCCUCUGCUGAUACUGAGAUUUCAGAGAUGACCACAGGGCCCCCGCCUCUCCCGCCAUCGGUGUCUCCCCUGGCCCCACCCCUGAGACGCUUCGCAGGAGGACUACACCUCCACACCACUGACCUGGAUGACAUCCCCUUGGACAUGUUCCACUAUCCCCCCAAGACUCCCUCUGCCUUGCCUGUGAUGCCCCUCCCUCCACUCUCAAGUCCACCCCCCAAGGCCCCCGCACCUCCUGUCCUCCCCUCAUCGGGCCAUGUGUGUGCCUCAUCUUCACCCUGGGUGCCACGCACUCCACCCGCUAUUCCCAUCCCUCCCCGGCCAUCUAUCCCCACCCAAGACCUCACUCCUACCCGCCCGCUGCCCUCAGCCCUGGAAGAGGCACUGGGCAAUCACCCCUUCCGCACUGGGGACACAGGCAAUCCAACAGAGGACUGGGAAGCAAAAAACCACAAUGGGAAGCCCACCAGCUCCCCUGUCCCUGAACGGAAUUUCCCGUCCACUCCAAAGACAUUUUGCCCAAGCCCACAGCCUCCACGAGGCCCCGGCGUGUCCACCAUCUCCAAACCUGUCAUGGUCCACCAGGAGUCCAACUUCAUCUACAGGCCAGCUGUGAAAUCUGAGGUCCUGCCACAGGAGAUGUUGAAGAGGAUGGUGGUUUAUCAGACAGCGUUCAGACAAGAUUUUCGGAAAUAUGAGGAAGGCUUUGACCCCUACUCCAUGUUCACCCCAGAACAGAUCAUAGGGAAGGAUGUCCGGCUCCUGCGCAUUAAGAAGGAGGGGUCUUUAGAUCUGGCCCUGGAAGGUGGUGUGGACUCCCCUGUUGGGAAGGUGGUUGUCUCAGCCGUUUAUGAGCGGGGAGCCGCUGAGCGGCAUGGUGGCAUCGUGAAAGGAGAUGAGGUCAUGGCAAUCAAUGGCAAGAUUGUAACGGACUACACCCUGGCUGAGGCUGAGGCCACCCUGCAGAAGGCCUGGAGUCAGGGGGACUGGAUUGACCUUGUUGUUGCUGUCUGUCCACCCAAGGAGUACGACGAUGAGCUCUCUUCUCUUCCCUCCUCUGCAGCCGACAGCUCCCAGCCAGACUGAAAGCUCCUUGAAGACGGUGCUCCCGUGCAUAGACACGGGUUCCUCCUGCAGCUGGAGCCUAGCAGCCCCCAUGAUGAAUAGGCAGGCGGGCUGCAGGGCCCCGAUUGUCCAUGCUGCGUGUAGUGGCCGUCUGUUGCCCAAGCUGGCAGGUUCUUUGGACUGGUAUCUGGAAGGGUGUGUAAGGCGCCAUCACUGCUAUUGGCCACACUGGAAUUCUGUUGGACUCAAAGGCCCUCCUGCUCAGAGAAGCCAAGCAGAGACUGUAGCAUGCCUGGGACAUGAGCAUCCUGACUCAUCACAGCCCUUGGGACCUGCCACGGGUCCCACACAGCACCCAAAUGAGCAGGAUGGACAGUGAGCGCCAUUCUCGGCUGGGCACAGACAGUGCCUUGAAUCAGGCAUGAUGGGCUGGGUGAGCCCAAAGGAAACACAGCCCAGCUUUUCCCCCAGAGAUGUCCUCAGAAAUGUAUGCCUCCCUUCCCUGGAAAUGCCACCCUCUAGGAGCUCCUGCUCCACUAGGCCUCCACAAUUAAGCCAGGACAAUUAAGAGGCAAUUAAGUCUUGUCCAAAGAACCAGGGUUGGCCUAUCAGGGUUGUUCAUGCCUUGUGUGACCUACUGUGGCCUGAGCCCUGCUUGAACCAAACGGUCCUCUGUGCCUUCCCUCUCCCUUGGCUCCAGACUGUAUCUGUGGGACACUGUGGAACCCAACUUUGGGAUAUGUUUCCCACCCUGUUCAUGGAGAGAGUUGGCAGGCAGCCAUGAAACUGGUGUUUGGCAUGGCCUAAAGCCCACAGCUGGCAGUAUCUGGGGCAGACCCAAGCCUGGACUUGUUGACUUUUCUGUUAUAAGUUUCUCAAAACACUAGGGCCUCAUGCUCCCAAGACAGUUGGCCUGCUAUGCCCUGGCCUCUGGGAUGGCUUCAGUGGCCCUAUGUUUUCUGUAACUUAUCUCUUUGCAAGGGACCCCAGGCCCUCUGGCCCCCUUCUGCCUCAUCCCAGGUAUCCCCUUACUUUCUCCCUGGCCCCCUGCGUGCUGUGUCUGUGGCUGGUGUGUAGCUGCUGUGAGCCUGCAGGACCCUGUGCUGCCUGGGCGGGUGCUCCUGUUGUCAGGCCUGGCCCCAGGCUAAGUGUGCAGCUGCGAGGCUGGCACCACCUGGUCUGCUUCCUCUUCC